GAAGAAGGAGGCUGUCGAAGUAGAGACUUUGGAGAGGGAGGUUUAACCAUAGCCACUCUCAAAAGGAAUCACCCUCAUAAGGACCGGUGUCCCUUCUUACUGUAGCAACUGCAGGACCAGAAUCCAGUGCUAGCUGAGCAGAGGAAAUCUGAUACAUCCACAUCUGCACCUCAACAUCUGCAGCGCGGGAGCAUCAUGAUGGAAGAGGAGAUCCUUGAGGACCGGGCUAAGCUGAAACAGGGCCUGGUCAAAGUGCUCCAGUGUGUGGCCACCAUCUCCUCAGCAGCAGCGGUGGUCAACCCCAUUUUUGGCGUGGCAGGUUCCCUGAUCCGGGUGGUGCUGCACCACGUCGACGACGAGGACAUCCGCACCCUGAAGCGUGAGUUUGGCUCAGUCAACCGAGCGCUGGACGAGCUCUCUCAGAUGAACCGCAACACGCUGGUUCAGAUCAAGAAAGAAACGCUGGACGGCCAAUACUGCCGCGUGGAGGAGAACCUGAAGAACCAGUUCAGGAAGUUCAUGGAGAUGGUGGAGGCGCGGCCGGAUCACUGCGAACGCAAGAAGGGCGACUUCGAAGACAGCUAUUCCAAUGACUUGGGAGACCAGAACCUGCACACGCUGUACGACGGCGUGGUGGGCAAACCCAAGCUCUUCAGCAGACCCAUCCUGGAGGUGUACCUGAAGCACUCGCAGGGCGACCGCCGCACCAUGGAGCGCCUCUGCACACGCCUCACAUAUCUGUUCUGCAUCGGCCUUAUCGCCCUCAUGGGAUACGCCGCCGUCAUCGGAGACGACGAGGAGGGCCUGACCGAGGAGUGGGCCGAGAAGAUGGAGCACGUGCAAGAGAAGAUGCAGGAGGCGCUUCGCAGGUGCAAAUGAAGAAGAAGAAGAAGAAGAAGGAGCUGCUUUUGCUUCAUAUUCAGGACUCGCAUGUCCACAUUCCCUCUGUGACUCCGUCCUCUUAGCUUUUUCUCUCCCAGUAAGCACCUUUCAUAACAUCUACGUUCACUGCUUGAUAGCCCAGUGAUAAAAAGCAACAAUAUGCAGGCAUGCAUGUUCUGUCCAAGGUAAAGAACUCUAAAUUAUGUCACUACAUUUGCUAUAUAAAAGAGUGAUGUGAUGAAUUCAGAAAGCACUACAGUGGUUUGAAUUGAUUGAGAACACUAAGACAAAUAGGACAUGGGAGCCUUAUCAUUAAUCAUAAAUCUACUCUGAAAGCAAUGUAGUGACAUAACAGGCUUUAUAUCACAGACAUCUGUAACUCAGUCUUAACAUAAAUGUAUGUAGAUAUUUUGUGAUAUAGCAAAGCGUCCCCCGCAUUAUGCACUUUCUUUUGUAUUACACUACAAGUUGGUUGGCAUUGACAACGAUCCUGGCCAUGCAAGUUUAAAGAGGAACAGGAAACAAGCUUCAUUGCAAUGUUACUCCACUAGAGGGCCUCGUGAGAUCCUCCAAGCUAUAUAAGGCUACAUCAUCUUUAUGCAGAUGUCGAACAACUCAACAGGUUGAGCUAUCAAUCAAGUUAUAACAGAACGAGCAAACAAACCAAAACAUGGAACAAAUAUCAAAAUUUCCAGAGCUAUGAAUGUACCAGAUAUGAAAUCAUAUAAUCAUUAUCACACACUAUAAAUGAUUUAAUGACAUGUGCCACAGAUUGUUAGUUUUCCAUGCAUGGAGUUCAGUAUACACAAUGCAUGAUGUCACUCUCCGUGAUUGAUUAAUAUUCAUAAACAGAUCAUUUACUUUUUAAAUGUGCUAUUUAAGGAAAGUGUAAUAUAACUGGAUGAAUCCUUCCACUCUUUAAUUAUCCAUAACGUGCAAGAGGUGCCCCAAGUAGGGUUUUAAUAUAUAGAUACUAUUAUAAAUUGGUUGUUUUUUGCUGUAGAGCCAAAUAGACCCUAUAUAAGAUUGAAUAUCCAUUAUUUGAGGCAUUUUAUAUUUUAUACAAAAGUUAAAAGUCAUUUUCUCUUAUUUAAUUCCUCAUCUGACCAACGUGCCUAAAUGUGAAAGUUUUGUGAUAUUUAGUUUUUUUUUAAUCUUAAUCAUUUAACUAUCAGUAUGCAACACUAUGUUCGGAAUGCUUUAUACACUACAGUGCAUAUGUCAAAGUCGUGGUUAAAGUCCUUUUU